AGCACUCAGAGCUAUGAGCAACCGUAGUCGCUGACCUUGUUACUUUUGUUGCUACCAAAACAAUACAAUGCAGGCCCUCUCUGCUCGUGCUCCCCGCGUGGCGGCCAAGGCCGUGAGCCGCUCGGGCGCCCGCGCUCCUAUGCGCGUCGUCUGCAAGGCGACCACCGCCCGUGAGCAGAUUACCAAGAAGAUUGCCAUGCUCAGCACUCUGCCCAUCACUCUGGCUGCCAGCCCCGCUUUCGCCCUGGUCGAUGAGCGCAUGAACGGCGAUGGCGUUGGCCUGCCGUUCGGUGUGAACGAGCCCGCCCUUGGCUGGGCUCUGGCUGGUGUCUUCGGCGUCAUGUGGGCUGUGUGGUUCAACGGCCAGCGCGAUCUGGGCGACUUCGAGGACAACGACAGCGGCCUGAAGCUCUAAGCAACUGAGCCUUCGCCAUGUCAUCUCUGUGACUCAUUGGGGCACAUUGUGCCCCUGCCGGCCUGGACGGUUCGCGUUGCAUCCAGGAGUUUUGGAGGGAGUGUCGCGUUGUGGGGCACUGGGAGCAGAGCAUCAUCGGUGCAACACAAGGAGGGUGUAUCAAUAGGAAUUGAGGGUAGGGCACGACCGCGAUUGCUUGCGAGAAACUUGCAUGGUCGGGCCAGUUAGCGGAGAAGAACAACUGUUAUUGAAUGUUCGUAGCUUCCCCUAAAACGGUGUAAUGCAUGCCGCUUGGGAAGCAUACCCGCUGCAGCUUUCCCGAUGUGGCGGGUGGUAUGGCCUUGCGUUGACCUACAGCCAGCCCAGGGGGAGCCGUGUGCGGGGAACCUUUUGUGACGUGCGGUGCAAAUACAAAGCCUUUGCACAUAAACCUCG